UCCUUUUGUUGGAAAAAUGGACCUAUGUGAAAACUCAGUUCAGAUAUAACACGGGGCAAAGGAGUCAGAGGAAGAUUGUUCCAACUACGAGGAUUUGGACUGAGUUAGACCGACAUUUAGUCGAACCGAGUUUUAGAGGACCGUGUUAUGUUUGGGCCGAGUAAAUAACCAUUUCACGGAAAUAAGGAAAAAAAUAUAGCAAUGUCUUUUGUUAGAGAAAAAUAAAUUAAGGAAAAAUAUGAUCACGGCACUCCUUUCACAUAGGGCCGAAAAAACUAUCCGGAACUUUGAAAAUAUUAGAGAUUGAAUCAUUAUUUUAGUGCAAAUGAUGAAUUGGCUAGUUUACGAGAACAAUUGGAUCAAUCUAUGGAUCACCGUGAAACCCUUGAAAGACAACAAUUCGAAUUAAAUUUAAAGGAAUCCAGAAAAAGGACAGAAUUACAACGAGAAUUGGAAGCAAAAGAGGAUGAAAUGGAGGAAAUGAGAAUUCAAUUUCAACGUAAAAUUCGAAAUCUUGAAUCGAAUUUGGACGAUGCUCAACUUGAAAUUUCGUCUCUGCUUAAACAGAAAAAAGCAGCAUGGCAACGCAAUAGUCAAUCUGUUUCAAUGAAUGGGUCUUUGUUGGAUUUGGCUCAAAAGUAA